AUGGAAGUGUUCCAGCAUCAGCUACUCAGUCUUGUUGGGGCUCUGAUCUGUUUCUGUAGUCUGAUAAAAUGCAUCAGAUUCAUGAGGACUUUUCCAUAUGUCUGAAGUUCUUUGCCUUAGAUUUUCUUUCAGUCAAUGGGAGAAUGGGCAGUCGUCACAGGAGCAGGAGAUGGGAUUGGAAAAGCAUAUUCCUUCGACCUGGCAAGAGGUGAAUUAACUAUAGUGAUGAUAAGGAGAACUUUUGAAAAAAUGAAUUUGGUAAGCAUUUUUACAGAGCUGGCCACAGAUCAAAAGGUGAAGGUUAUACAAGCUGAUUUCCCUAAAAAUUCAGUAUACAAGAACAUUGAAAAAGAUCUGAAGGACUUGGAUACUGCUGUUCUGGUUAGCAAUGUUGGAAUGCUUCACAAUCCUAUUCCAUGCCAUUUCCUUAAUGGACCAAACAUAGAAGAGGACCUUGUCAACUGCAAUAUUAUUUCUGUUCCAGGUAGAUAUUUGACAAAAAUUGUUUUGAAACAGAUGCAAGCAAGUCAGAAAGUUCUAAUUCUGAAUCUGUCCUCUGGUCUGAGUACUUUCCCUUGUCCAUUAUAUACAACGUACUCAGCUACUAAGAGGAGCAAUUCAACCUCAUCAGCACUUCUACAACCACUGCAAGCAGAGUAUAAGGCAAAGGGAAAUAUCAUACAGAUACUGAUUCCUUAUGGUGUUUCUGCUCCAAUGUACCAAAACCCUUGUGUUGUUACAAAGACAGCAGAAGAAUUUCUUAGUGAAUCACUGGAGUAUAUCACCAUUGGAGAUGAGAUUUUUGGAUGUUUCACCCAUGAAAUUUUGAUUGAAUUUGGGUGUGUGUAAAUGUCUUCCAAAGACUCCAGCCAAGUCUGUCUGGGCUCAG